AGAUGCUAAUAUAAAUGUUCAGUGAAAAAACAAUGCGAUACAGAAUUGUACGGUAUGACUGAAAAACUAACCACAACGGCAUGGAAAAGUCGAGAUAACCUUUAUCAGGAAGGAUGGAGUUGGGAAAAGGAAAACUUCUCAGGAGUGGGCUGAAUGCCUUGUAUCAAGCAAUACACCCAAUUCACGGCCUUACCUGGACCGAUGGGAAGCAGGUAGUCCUGACUGAUGUACAGCUUCAGAGCGGAGAGGCCAAGUUUGGGGACUCGAAGGUCAUUGGACAAUUUGAGCACGUGUAUGGGGUGUCGUGGGCCCCGCCUGGUACAGCUGACACGCCCCCUCUGCUCGCUGUCCAGCAUCAGCAGCAUGUCACUGUGUGGCAGCUGUGUCCCAAUACCGUGGAAACAGGCAAGCCGUUGAUGUCUCAGACCUGUGAGAUUAGAGAAUCACGCGCCGUCCUUCCCCAAGGCUGUGUGUGGCACCCGACAAGUGCUGUUCUGACCGUGCUGACUGCACAGGAUGUCUCCGUUGUCCAUAACCUUCACUGCGAUAGUUCCCGAGUGAAAGCGGACAGCAGCGCCCAGGGCCUUAUUCACUGUGCAUGCUGGACCCAGGACGGCCAGAGGCUGGUGGUGGCAGUGGGCAGCAGCCUGCAUUCUUAUCUCUGGGACAGUGCUCAGAAGACUCUUCAGAGGUGCUCCGCCUGCCCAGUAUUGGGUGUGCACAGCGAUGUGCGCGCCCUCGGGGCCACCGUGGACUCACAGGUCGUCGUAGCCACAGAACUCCCCAUAGGUAAGAUCUGUAGCUUGAAUGCAUCUGAAACAGUUGGCGUUCCACCUAGCAGCGAAGACACUUGUCUGUAUACCUCACCAGUUAUUGAUGAGAUGCCCUCUGUGGAUAAAGGGACAGCCUCUUAUGGAACAAAUUCCGACACAGCCGUUUCUCCCUUUUCUUCUUCCGCUUCAGAUCCUCUGGAUCUAACUCAUAUACGUUUCAAUAGACCUAAGUCUGAGAGCAGUGCCCUUAUUUGUCUAAGAAAAAAGGAUUACUUGGCAGGAAGCGAUCUGGAUUCUUCACAUUUGAUUCUUGUGACCUUUGAGAAAGAGGUUACCCAGACCGAAAAAGUCACCAUUCCAGGCAUUCUGGUUCCUGAUCUAAUAGCAUUUAAUCUGGAAGCAAAGGUUGUGGCAGUGGCUUCCAAUACUUGUAAUAUCAUUUUUAUCUAUUCUGUCAUUCCAUCGUUAAAGCCAAACAUCCAGCAAAUUCACUUAGAGAGUAGUGAGAGACCAAAAGGCUUAUGUUUCUUGACAGAUAAAUUAUUAUUAAUUUUGGUAGGAAAACAAAAAUCCACUGAUUCGACAUUUCUUCCUUCUUCAAAGUCGGAUGAGUAUAUCAUUCGCUUGAUUGUUAGAGAAGUAAUGCUGAAAGAGGAAUUUCCAGUAACGGUGAGUGAAAACCAGAGUGGCUACUCUUCUUUCAGUGCUCUAUUAAAUAAAGCAGAGAGGAAAAAGCUCAUUGAAAGUCUUUCGCCAGAUAUUUGUCACCAAAACAGAGGACUCUUGUUAACAGCUACUAGCAGUAGUCGAGGUGGAAGGCCUGGAAGUACUUUCAUUAAAGAAAUCAGAAGUCCUCCGUCCAGUGUCCGUGAUGACUCCAUCGCCCUGGAGACUCUAGAUGCCGAGCCUGUUAACGGGCCAGCGACACUGCCCAAACCCAGCAGCACACCAGACUACACCGGCACCCUCCACCCUCUUAAUUUCCCUCCAAGAAAGAACUUACAACGGGAAAAGGAACCUCACCAGCUCUCUAGGGAACUGGAAAUUUUAUCGAGGAAACUGACUGAAGUACAGCGCUGUCUCUCUGAACUCACAGACUUCCUACACAAUGGAAAGGAGUCCUCUCCGGCGUAUCCGCUCUCUCGGGAUCUGCCUUAUGUCCACGUCUCUUACCAGAAACAUUAUUCUGUAGGAUCUGUUGCUGAGAAAAGAGACAUGCUUCUCUGCCGGGGCAAACUCAGGCUCAGCACAGUGCAGCAGACCUUCGGCCUCGCCCUUGUGGAAAUGCGGCAUGAUUCCCGCUGGAUCCUUCUCUCUGCUGAUAGUGAAGGCUUCAUCCCAUUAACUUUUACAGCCACACAGGAAAUAAUCAUAAGAGAUGGCGGCUCCAGGUCAAAUAUCUUCAGAGACUCUUUGUCUCAGAGUCUUGAUUCUGGUCCUUGUCUUGAAGUCUUUAGAGAACGUACAGCCCAAAGUUUAGAUGCCACCAGCUAUUCUAACCAUCUGGGCUGACACUUGUUUGUAGAGUAUUUGCUGCAUAGCUUUUCGGAUGAGACCAUUACAAACAAGGUCUGUUUUCCACUGUGGACUCUCCCCACUCACUGUCACACAGAGGUGAAGCACUUGCCUGGUUGGCUCAGCCACUUCUCCGUCUCCCCCAGAAUGAGGCUCACGCUCAGAGCGCAGUCUUUGUUAGAGGGCUCAGAGAGUGCUUGCUUAUGUAUUCAUGAGGUGUGGUUUUGUCUGAAGUCGGAAUUCCCAGAACAAGACAAUGUAAUGGUGCCCUAUGGAUUGUGUUUUAUGGUUUCUCUGAGGCUUUCUGUCCCAGCCCAGAGCUGUGUUAAAGCUGUCUUAGAAGCACUUAAAAGGUACCUCAGCAUGUGAUAGAUCUUUCUCAUGGCUUAAAGAUGAGGGUAAGGAGAGCAUAUCCUCCAGCAUGUUCUUCUUAGCCCAAACCAGCAGGAAUCUACAGAGUUCAAAGGAAGAUAAAAAGCCAUUGACUGCUACCUCCCUCCCCCGCUCUGCUCCCUAGAACAGGAUGGACCUCUCAGAAUUUAAACCUAACUUUAUUGCUUCCCUAGAAAAUUCUGGCUGGCUAAGGUCCAAAUACUCCUAAUAACUGUCCCUGGGCAAAUUGCAAAUGACAUUUCAGUGCUUUGACCCUUCUAGACCCCUCUUGAGUGUGUGCUGAUGUUACUAGUACAAUGCCAAGAACAGGCG